AUGGAAAUACUUACUUCAAAACUUCAGACAAUAGAACUUAACAUUAUUAACUGUAAGAUUCAAUGUUUAAAAAAAGAAAUAUCUCAAACUUUUCGUAAGUUAUAUUCAUACCAAAUAGAGAAAUCUGAAAAAAAUUUAAAAAAAGCAGAUUUUAGGAUAAACAUUAAAAAAAGUUUAUUAAGACUUAGUAAAUACACGAAUUAUAAUACUAAUAUAUCACUACAUUAUAUUCAUAGAAAUAUCCAUUUUUUACUGAAAAUUUUAAAGAACAAAAUAUUAAAUGAUUUAAGUAAUAACAUUACCUUUAAGCUGAUUAUAUUGGAAAAGGCGAUUUAUUGUAAAAAAGAUACAAUGUAUUCGAAUAUUAGGAAUACGGUUAUUUAUAAGGAAAAAAAAGAUAGGGUUAAACGAAAAAUUGAAAUUAUUUUUAAAGAAUUAACAGAAAAAAUUAUAGUCAAUAGCGAAAAAUGUAUAAAUAUGAACUUUAGUGGGCUUCAAAAAUAUUCAUGGCAAAAAUUUAAUACUGCUAAGGUUUGUGUACAUAAGAUACUUGAAAAAGAGGACAUGCCAUCUUUUAUCGAACCAUCACAGCAAAGUAUAAAAGAAGUAAACGGAUUUAUACCAAGUAAAUAUGAAAUAAGCACAUUUGAUUCUAAAAUAAGGGAGGCGGUUUGUACAGUAAAUAAAAUAAUAAAAACAAGUAAACAUCCUCUUUUAUUUAAUGAAAAAAGAUGUUCGGUUAAUAGCUUUAUAAACAUUUUAUGGAAUGAAAGAGUGUGCUUAGUAAAUAAAAACAAAUCAUCUGCUACAUGUAACAGUGGUGAUUGUGUUUUUAACAUAAAUGGUCAUAAAGAUAUUAAAUUUAUUAACAAUAUUUGUAAAGUAGAGUUACUUACAAAAAACAAACAUGAAAAUUUUUUAGAUGCUGAAAGCACUAAAAUAAGACAAGAUACCCAAAGAAUUGCUUAUCUACAUGAACAUAUUUGUUCAACGUUGUCUAAACUCAAUAAAAAGAUAUUUAAAUACAUGUAUACAUCUCUUAAGGAUUUAUAUUGUGAUAUCAUUAAAUUAAAGAUUCUUAUUACCUUAAAAGAAUUACAGUACUAUAUCAAAGGUCAGACAGUUUGUAAUAAAAACCAACAGAAUAAAAGAAGUGACAAAAAUGAAUCAAAAUACCAUUUUAUAAUACAAAAAGGAAACCUGGAGUCAGACAAGAGAUUGUUAGAAAUGAUGAAAGAUACUUUGUGUGAUAUUGAAAAAUACAAAGAUCCUGUUAUAAUAAGAAUGGGUAUUCAAUUCAUCUUAGCCAAAAAGUAUGUUGAAGAUAUUAUUUAUCUUAAAGAAAAAUAA